AUGGCUGUCUACAUCAAACAAAGCCCUCCCCGGGAGGGAGUACGCGGGGGGUGGGAGGACUUCAAGUGGGAUUCUCUCAAGACGCAGACAAACGCUGACCGCGAUUAUUACCUCGGUGAGGGACGGAAGCCGCGCCACCUCCUUGCAGGUGAAGCUCUUCCAGACGAAGAGCCGCCCCCUGCAGCUGCAACUGCAACGGCAACGGCGGUGGCUGACGACCGCAGGGUCGCUGCUAAGGCGCUGAAGAAGCUCAAGAAGGAACAGAAGAAGCUGAAAAAGAUGCGGAAAAAGGAACAAAGAAGGGAAGCAAAACGUCUUCGCAUGGUGAAGAGAGAGCGCGACAGCGACUCCUCCAGUUCUUCUCGCAGCCGUUCAUCUUCAGCUGACAGCCGCAGCGACCAUCGCGUCAAGAGGCUCCGUGGUAGCCCGAGCCCCAGCAAGCGGAGUAGAGACGUGAACAGGAAUCGUCGGGGAGAGGAGCAUGCCACAAACGCCGGCGAUCCCACAGUCGGGACAGAGGCCAUAGGGGCCGCAAGAGCAAACGACGGUCGCGCUCACCGCAGAGUGAGGAGGAGAGGGAGAGGCAUCACCGACAGCAUCACAGGAGCAAUGGGCAGACCGGCGAGGGCAGCGAGCGGCAGCGGGGCCACACAGAAGAAAGAGCCCACAGGCGUCACCGUUCAGAAGAUGAAGAAGGGGCACGCCAUGAACGCUCAUCGCGGAUGCAAGCAGCGGUGA